AUGUUUAAUAUAGGUUUAUUAAUGGAUGCAGGAGCUCGUGUUCAUGUAAUGCUUUAUAAGGAAAUGUCAUUUGCUUUAGCUUUAAAUAGUUUAUAUACAGAAACAAAAUUAGUUUCUAAAAGUACAAAAGUUAUUCGACAUCCAGGUCAUAAUACUAAAUAUUGCUUACUUUUGUGGUUUCAUCAUGAGAAAACGGUUGUUAUCCACCAAAAGACUGCUUUCAUUGGUGGAAUUGAUUUUUGUUAUGGUCGUUGGGAUGAUGAAUUUAUGCGUCAUGUCGAUGUAGGUGAUGCAUAUGAUACAACAUUGAAAUUGCCAUCCGAUAUAGCUGCAGAAAACGAACCGUCAGCUGACACAGAAACGAUAGAAGCGGUACAAAUGGUUACUACUUAUAUGGCUGAGCAAGCUGGUGAAGCACCUAUCAAGGUAAGAGAACUUAAAAGAGAAACAGUAAUAUAA